CAUCCUCAACUUUCUUAUCACGGUCUGCUGACCCUACGAUUAAUAUUAAAACUCAGACGUGACGAGGUCCUGUCCUCAAAUCGAACGGUUGAAAAUUCAAGACCACGAAAGCGUCAUGCACCACCGAAGCCCAACGCACAUAUUCGUCCCUGCUCGCGACUUCACACAUAGGGAAUCCUCUUACAGUCCCUAUAAAAGGAUCACCCACUUUGCACAUAGACAACAUUGUUCGCCAUAUUCUUAUUGCCCAAAAAGAAAAACCACACUGAACCUUCUGCAAGGCAAAGCACCAACAAUGGCUUACAAACAUGAGGAUCUUUCUCCACCGUUGGAUUCCACUUCCAGCCCACCUCCUCUUUUUGAUGGCACUACAAGGCUGUACGUAUGUUAUACCUGCCCAUUUGCACAGCGGGUGUGGAUCACUAGGAAUUAUAAGGGUUUGCAAGAUAAGAUCAAGUUAGUCCCUAUAAAUCUUCAAAACAGGCCUGCUUGGUACAAGGAAAAGGUCUAUCCUGAGAAUAAGGUGCCAUCACUGGAGCACAAUGGAAAGGUCAUUGGAGAGAGUCUUGAUCUGAUCAAAUAUGUGGAUAAUAACUUUGAAGGGCCUUCACUUUUCCCCACUGAUCCUGAGAGAAGAAAGUUUGGUGAAGAACUAAUAACCUACACUGAUACCUUCACUAGGGCCUUGUAUUCUUCAUUCAAAGGAGACGCAGCGAAAGAAGCCGAUGCUCAGUUUGAUUACUUAGAGAAUGCUCUUAAAAAGUUUGAUGAUGGGCCAUUCUUUCUGGGUCAGUUCAGUUUGGUGGACAUAGCCUAUAUCCCGUUUGUUGAGAGAUUCCAAGUCUUCUUAUCAGAGGUGUUCAAGUAUGACAUCACAGCAGGCAGGCCUAAACUAGCAGCAUGGUUUGAGGAAAUCAACAAGAUUGAAGCUUAUAAGGUGACCAAAACUGAUCCAAAGGAGCUUGUUGAAUUCUACAAGAAGCGCUUCUUGGACCAACAGUAAAACUUGUAAACUUCUGCCUUGGACAUGAUAAAAAUAAGUGGCUGGCUCAGUACUCAUACAGAAUGUUUGCCGGCCUAAUUAUGUAUGCAUAUGUGUAGUGUUAUUAUGGAUAUGGACUUUGUCUGGAUCUUAAUAUGUCAUAGCGUCUUGGUUACAUCAAUAAAAUUUAGGGCAUUUGGUAUUGUGAAUUAA